AUGGCGAAGGGCUGCCAGGCGUUUCACUACUCCAUGAUAUCUUCCGCAUACGCUGCAUGCCAGAUGUUGAGCUCGCCCAUCUUGGGCUCGCUGUCUGACCGUAUUGGGCGACGGCCCAUUCUGCUCAGUUGCCUUGCGAUGACCUCGGUUGUGUAUCUGCUCAUGGCCAACGUGCAGACCAUCUUCCAACUGCUCUGCGCCCGGGCGGCGCUGGGCCUCUGCUCGGGCGCCGCCACGGUGGAGGUGGCGCUGGUCUCGGACCUCACCUCCAAGUCCGAGCGGGUCUUCUGGGUGAACAUGCAGGCCCGGCUGCAGUCGGCGGGCUGCAUCCUGGGCCCGGCCAUCGGGGGCAUGGUGGCGCCUUACUCGCGGAUCCGCCUGGAGACCCACUUCGAGUUCGAGCACCUGUGCUACUCGAUCGCGCUGCUGGUCUUGGUGAACUUUAUCAUAGGCGCCAUCUUCUUUACCCGCCCGCCGCCGGUGCCUAGAGUACAGGUAUGCGAAGAACAAGAUCGGCCAAAGUCAGGUAAUCCAUUUGGCUUCAUGCAGGGAGCUGCAACCAUUCUGCUGCUGGCAUGCUUCAUGGACGCCUUCUCACUUGCGGUGAGUGAUGGGCCGGAGGCCUACUUCCUGCACGACAAGUUCGGGUUCGAGCCGCGACAGCAGGCCACCUUCAUGAUGAUCUGCUCCGGCUCCAGUCUGCUCUGGGGUACCCUGGCACCCUACGUGGUGGGCCUCUUCCCGCCGAAGCUUUGCUGCGUCUUCUUCUCCCUUUGCUCCUCCAGCAUCAUGGUGUUGAUGAGCCUUUGCCGUGAAUGGUGGACGCCUUAUUUGUACAGCGCCCUCUUCGGCUGCUCCGUGACCAUCGUGGAGGUGGCCACCAAGACCAGCCUCGUGGGGCGCCUGGUACCUGAGCGCCACCAGGGCGCGGUCUACGGCACCGCGCAGGGCCUGCUGAACCUCGGCUACUCCCUGGGCCCGCUGGUGGGGGGCGCCAUCUACGUGGACUCCCUAGGUCUGCCCUACGAAGUCUCCGCCUGCUGCUUGGUGAUCAGCGCCCUGGUCUACCUCUCGCUGCCCAGUUCCAUGAGCCAGGGAGGUAGUCCGCUGCUGGACACGGAAGAGUCGGCCACAGAGCAAGCCUUGGCUCAUUGGAGCAAUCAGGCGCCUUUGCCCGCAAAGAGGAUCGGGGCGGUGCUGUCGGCCGAGAAGGCCAGGCGAGUUUACUUCGUGUGCCCCGAGCUCUACGAGGCCUACCGCGCCCAGCAAGAUUCUCUGAACCGACGACAUUCCUCGGGUGAGCCAGGGCAAGGACCGACCACUUCGCCGAAGACGGUGAGAUCCAACACCAUCAGCAGCUUUACCACCACGGCCUUCGGGAUGACAUCCGCGAGCAACGCCUCCAGAAGUGAGCCGCAGAUCUGUAGGCAUCAGGAUUCGAUGUAG